AUGCUGGUCGCACGCGCCAUCAGCCAUGCUGUCAAGCGUGGAGUUCACACGGAUCCAAGGCUCUUUGAUAUCGAUGCGGAGGCCAUGAUCGCGUGGAAGCAGUUCGAUCCUACGCUUCCUUGGUGGGGUGGUUCGCUCCUGUGGUCGACUGUGUUCGCAUUUAUAUUCAUGCUCUAUACCAUCCACUAUAGCGUCGGCCAUGUCAUGUCCACCUGCGCCAUGAUCGAGUCCUCCAAGCCAACCACCAUUUUCCGCAUCUCCCUCGUCGAAAAAGAAAAAGAACCCUCCUCCGACGACCACCCCGACGACCCCCUCUUCGUCGACGAAUCCACAACCAUCCCCGCCAUCCCCCUCACUCGCCACAUCCGCACCUUCCGCACCCACCUCCGCUCCCUCGCCGGUCCCCUCUCCAGCUAUCGCGCGCUGCACUAUGGCGCUCUCUACCUCGUCGCCUUUGGGUCCCUGCACUACUUCCUCGCGGCGCUCCUCCGCUUCCCCGUCGGCAACUACAUCGCCGUCGCUAUCGCCUCUGCCGCCGUUGCGCCUCUCCACGCUGCCUGGACCCACGCCACAAUCGCCAUGCCGUCCGACAAACGCAUGGGCAGCCGGCUCGCGCACGCGCGUCGUGGAUGGAAGGCGAUCUCUCUCACCGCUGCGAUGUGGGGCAUCACAAAUGAGGUGGUGAUUAGCAUGGCGCGGAUGGCCGCAGAGAUGGUCGCGUUGGACCGAAAUCCCGAUAUGAACAUCCUAGUGCUCACGACGUGCAUGUCGGUUUUUUCGGUGCUGUACUACUUGUUUAUCACGGUGCGGAUGGAGAUUUUAUUGGUGAGGCUAGAGGCGGCUUAUUUCCCUAUUGACGAGGAGACAAUCGUGCCGAUGGAUGGGAGUAUUUGUGAGCUGAUGGUCGUGGAAGAGACAAAGUAUCGCGUGAAUCCGGUGGCGAUGAAGAAAGAGUCGAGGGGGCUCACGAGCCCGUUUAAGCGUGUCUUGUUGAUCAUCGGGAAGUUGAUGGUCAUCGAUACCGCGAUGAUCCUGGCCUUGGUGAAUAUCUUGCUGCUAGAGCUGUACCUGUGCUGGGGAGAGCAGUUGGUGAUGGUGUUCAGAGCUUUCAAGGCGAGCUAUCAGCUUUAUCUGAAGAAGGCGGCUGAGCAGGGGGCUGCGCAGGCGGAGAUUGGGAUUGAUUUCCUCGACCUGGAUGAGUAGUGGAAUGGAGAAUAGCGACGACGGAGGUUGAGGGCGAGGAUGAGAGUGGGUAGGAGAAGAAGUCAGAUGAGUGAGCCGUCAAACUGGUAAAUUCCGUCCAUAUUAGGCGUUCGACAGCUCCGAUCAUGCCUCGGACGAUUGGCGUUGAUGCUCCGGUGUACAGAAGUAUUUCGCAAGCUGCUGAGCGGGAUUUGUAGCGCUUAGUGGUCAGAGUUGGACUGUUGACUUCGUUUCCGUGUCUACGUUUCCUAGGUCUGGUAAAACAAUUCAAUGAGUCCGUCCACCGUAUCUGUUCAGUCGUUCGUAAAGUUUCCAGUAGUGUUGCCUGAAUCCACAGCGAGGUGUUUAUACGUUCCGCCAGAGGAUCACGAUUUUCGUCGAGGAGCCCUGUUCAAG